GAAAGUCUAAAUAUUCCCCUGUAAUAAUAUCUCAAUAAAAGCAGGUCUGGUCAAAACCCUAGAAAUCAAUAACGCAGAGAACGUUGCCAGAUUUCUCUUCGCGCGAACUCUCAUCCGACAAUCGUCAUCCGCACAGAUUUUGUUCCCCCCAAAUAUUUACCCAGAUCAAGUAACAGAAUAUCAAUUCAGUUCUUCUAAUGGCCGGUCAGAGGAACAGUUAUGGCAAGAGAACCCAUUCUCAGUCUGACUAUUCAGACAAUGGAGGGAGUAAAAGGAGGAAUCCCGGUGAUGAUAGAGAUCAAUUUGUUAUCGAUUCAGAAGAUACUGUUUACCGGUACUUGUGCCCUGUAAGAAAGAUUGGAAGUGUUAUUGGUAGGGGAGGAGAAAUUGUCAAGCAGUUGAGGGCAGACACUAAAUCAAAGAUUAGGAUUGGCGAGACAGUGCCAGGAUGUGAUGAGCGUGUUGUUACUAUCUACAGCUCCAGUGACGAGACUAAUGCCUUUGAAGACAGUGGUAAUCAUGUUUGUCCGGCACAGGAAGCUCUUUUCAAGGUACAUGAUAGAGUUGUUGCUGAAGAUUUGCAUGAUGAUGAGGACUCUGAUGGAGGUCACCAAGUUACUGCUCGGCUUCUUGUUCCAUCUGAUCAGAUUGGCUGUGUCAUUGGAAAAGGUGGACAGAUUGUGCAGAAUAUUCGUGGUGAGACUGGAGCCCAAAUUCGCAUUCUUAAGGAUGAACAUUUGCCUCCUUGUGCCUUGAACUCUGAUGAGCUCAUACAGAUAUCUGGGGAAGCCCCUGUUGUGAAGAAGGCUCUGCAUCAAAUUGCAUCUCGCCUGCAUGAUAAUCCAUCACGAUCUCAGCACCUGCUUACUUCUGCUAUGCCCAAUGUGUAUGCAUCUGGUGGUUCAUUAAUGGGUCCAAGUGCUGGUGCCCCAAUUGUGGGCAUAGCGCCGCUGAUGGGUGCUUAUGGAGGAUACAAGGGUGAUACUGGAGACUGGUCGCGCUCCUUAUACUCGGCUCCAAGGGAUGAAUCAUCUUCAAAAGAAUUUUCUCUUCGUCUAGUUUGUCCCACUGGCAACAUUGGAGGUGUGAUUGGCAAGGGUGGUGUCAUAAUCAAUCAGAUCAGACAGGAUUCUGGGGCAGUCAUUAAAGUUGAUAGUUCCGCUGCUGAAGGAGAUGACUGCUUAAUAACUAUCUCAGCAAAGGAGUUCUUCGAAGACACGUAUUCUCCCACCAUACAAGCAGCUGUGCGCUUGCAACCCAGGUGCAGCGAGAAAGUUGAAAGAGAUUCAGGAGCUGUCUCAUUCACAACCCGCUUACUUGUCCCGACUUCACGAAUUGGCUGCCUUAUUGGUAAAGGAGGAUCCAUUGUAACAGAGAUGAGGAGACUUACCAAAGCUAAUAUUCGCAUACUCUCAAAGGAGAACCUUCCCAAGGUUGCAUCUGAAGAUGAUGAGAUGGUGCAGAUUUCUGGAGACCUAGAUAUUGCCAAGGAUGCUCUUAUACAAGUAGUUACACGAUUGAGAGCUAAUGUUUUUGAUAGAGAGGGUGCAGUGUCUACAUUCCUUCCCGUUCUGCCUUAUCUGCCUGUGUCAGCAGAAGGUUCCGAUGGUAUAAAUUAUGAGAGUAGAGAUAGUAAAAGACAUGGACGUGGACAUACUUAUUCUGAUGGCUACGGUGGCUCUGGUGACUUGGCAGCUGCUGAUAGUUAUGGAGGUUAUGGUGGCUCACAGAUUGGAGGUAGUGGCAGUGCUUAUGGAGCUUAUGGCAGUUAUUCUUCAGGGCGUACUGGUAGCUCUGGGGUUCACGAGUCUUCUUCAUAAAAGGCAGGUAAAACCUAAGAAUGAAACAUCGUAAACAGGCAAGUUCCAAUUUGGUUUGUAGACCUUCUAUGUUACAUAGUUUGUCAAUUCUGAUGCCUACUUUUCAUGUUUGCGGUCUAUAUACAUGUAUGUGUUGUUUACAAUGGAGGACAGAGGCAAGUGUAAAGGCCUGCCUUCUCCCGAAAAAAAAAAAAGAAAAAAGAAAAAAGAAAAAAAAGAAAAAGAAAAGGCUUACUGAAGAUUCAAAAUCCAGGUAAAUUGUUGUGAUUUGCUAUUAUGCCGUUGCUUCCAAACAUUCUAUUUCCCAUAUAAAGCUGCUGUUUUAUUGAGUGUUUUGGUGGAACUUUGAAAUAUGGACAACAACCUGGUGCUUUCUAUUUGCUGUGAUUGAUAGAUGGGAAGAUUUGAUGCAGAGGAAUGAAAUCGAAACCCUCAUACCCAACUUGGGAGUCACUAAAAAAUGCAAUUUUUAUUUCAAACUUUUGGUUAUACGAUUUGUACCUAUUCAAAGCUCUCGAGCCUGCCAGGCUCUGCUCCAUUUGGCUUCAUCUAAUUCUGUUGGACGAAAUAGCAUUGUAGAAGUAGUCAUUUUUAAAAAAACUAGACCUCGGAAUCCCCUGCGAGUGAACUGAGAAAUUGGUCUGUUUUUAUAAUUAAACGUUUUCUUUUUUAACCA